UCACCCACCUCUCUGAAUCUCAAGUCACUUGUUAUAAAAGGUGGAUAGUCCUUUCCGGCAGUGAUGAUGCACUCAUGAGAACAUGCUUCUCACAAAGGAUCUCCAUCCCUCUCUAGAAGAGGAGAAGAGGAGACGCAAGAAGAAACGCCUGGUGCAGAGCCCCAAUUCCUACUUCAUGGAUGUGAAAUGGCCAGGAUGCUAUAAAAUCGCCACAAUCUUCAGCCAUGCACAAAGGGUAGUUUUGUGUGUUGGCUGCUCCACUGUCCUCUGCCAGCCUACAGGAGGAAAAUCGAGGCUUACAGAAGGAUGUUCUUUCAGGAGGAAAUAGCACUAAAAGCACUCUGAAUCAAGAUGAGAGGGCAACCAUCUCAAUAAGCACAUUUUGGAUUUAAAAAAAAAAAAAGGUGGAUAGUUAUAGCUAUGGCCCUCAUAAGAAUAGUUGAGUGAAUUGGGUAAGAUGUGGGGGCAUGCCAGGGGCUCAGCACUGUGGUUGGCAGCAAGUGGCUAUUAGAUACUAAUACUG